GUCUGCAGUGCACAAGAGGGGUAGUGGAAGUAAACAAAAAAGUGGCAAGACAUGCAGUCUGCCGUCAAGAAGAAGGAAGCUCAACGGAGGAAAAACUUGACGCAAACUGGAGGAGGGCCUUCACAGCUCCCCAUGUUGAAGCCUUGGGAGGAGAAAAUAUUGCAGUUGAUUCCUCAGUCAGCCAUAUCUGGAAUUGAGGAUGGGGUGGACACCAGUGAAGUCAGGUCUUCCCUUCAGAUGUCCCAAAAACUAAGUUGUCUUGAGAUACAGCCAUUUAUUGUCACUGAGGUUCCAGCUGAAGAACUUGAAAAUCUAGACACUAAUAGUGAUGUGCCAGUUGUCUCUCAAUCUGAAGGUUAG